CUCCGGCCCGUAAUGAAUCGCUACAUUCUGCCACUGUCCGUGCUGGGCACAGCGGUGGGUGGCGCCGUGCUGCUCAAGGACUUUGUCGCCGGCGGGGCUUGUCCCAGCAAGACCACCAUUCCCGGGAAGACCGUCAUUGUGACCGGCGCCAACACGGGCAUCGGGAAACAGACCGCCUUGGAGCUGGCCAGAAGAGGAGGUACCAUCAUUCUGGCCUGUCGAGACUUGGAGAAGUGUGAGGCAGCAGCCAGGGAGAUUCGAGGGGAGACCCUUAAUCACCACGUCAACGCCCGGCACCUGGACUUGGCCUCCCUUAAGUCCAUCCGAGAGUUUGCAGCAAAGAUCAUUGAAGAGGAGGAGCGAGUGCACAUCCUGAUCAAUAACGCAGCCGUGAUGCGAUGCCCCCACUGGACCACCGAGGAUGGCUUUGAGAUGCAGCUUGGCGUUAACUAUCUGGGUCACUUCCUUUUGACGAACUUGCUGCUGGACAAGCUGAAAGCCUCUGCUCCUUCGCGCGUCAUCAACCUCUCGUCCUUGGCCCACGUUGCUGGGCACAUAGACUUUGAGGACUUGAACUGGGAGAAGAGGAAGUAUGACACUAAGGCAGCCUACUGCCAGAGCAAGCUGGCCGUUGUCCUCUUCACCAAGGAGCUGAGCCGGCGGCUGCAAGGCACGGGCGUGACUGUCAAUGCCUUGCACCCCGGCGUGGCCAGGACAGAGCUGGGCAGACACACGGGCAUGCACAGCUCCGCCUUCUCCAGCUUCAUGCUCGGGCCCAUCUUCUGGCUGUUGGUCAAGAGCCCCCAGCUGGCGGCCCAGCCCAGCACCUACCUGGCUGUGGCGGAGGAGUUGGAGGGCGUUUCUGGAAAGUACUUUGAGGGACUCAAAGAGAAACCUCCGGCCCCGGAAGCUGAGGAUGAGGAGGUAGCCCAGAGGCUUUGGGCUGAAAGUGCCCGCCUUGUGGGCUUGGAGAUGUCCUAUGGAUCCUCUGAGAGGGGACAGCGCCUCCCCAAAUGACUUCUGGGAGCACGUAUGAAAGCCACCAGGGAGGCAGUCACCA